AUGAGCCAAAGAAUAAGAUCAUUUAGUUUUGUUAAAAAAAAUCUCGAUGGACCUGGUUUAGUUAAGGAAAAUUCUGAAUUAAAAGAUAAGGUCCAUUAAAUAAAAUUUUUGGUUGAAGAUAAUUUAGAUAUUUUAAUAAAUGAGCUUGAUUAAGACUUUAAACAAAAAGCUUUAAUUACAGAUAUGUCAAAUGUUUUUAUUAUUAUUUAAGAAAAUAUUGAAAGAUGGAAAAAUCUUAUUAACACUUUGAAAAAUAAUACAAAAAUUUUAGAAGCUCAAUUUGAAAAAUUAAAAGAAAAAUAAGAGCAAAUGAAAAUGCAAUCAGAAAAUGAUAAACUUUAUUUGUCUGAAUAAUAAUAAUAAAAAAUUAUGGAAAAAGAUAAUGUAAUAGUUACAUUAAAUUAAUAAGUGAAAGAUUUAUAGAAUUAAUUAGAUAUUAAUAAGUUAAAGUUGCAAGACUAAAUUCUACAAACAGAAGAGAUUAUGCAAAAGUAAUAAUAAUAGUUAAAACAACGAGUAACAUAAUUAGAAUAUGAUAUUAUCUCAAUAAAAUAAUAACAUCAGUUUGAAAUUUAAGCUAUUUUGCAUAAUCAUGAAAAAGAAAGAAAAAUUUUCAAAGAAGAAAUAGAUAAUUAAACUAAUAUAAUUGAAUAAAAAUAUAAAAAAUAUUAUUUAGAAAAUUAAUAAUUAUAAGAGAAGCAUCAAAAGUAAACACAAUAAAUUAAAUAAUAAAAAUAGCAAAAAGAUAAUCUUGAAAAAUAAUUGGAUUAAUAAAAUUAAAAAAUUAAAUAAUAUAUAGAAGAAUUAGCUAAUGAAAGAAAAAAUAAAGCAAAAGAAAAUAAAUAGUAAUUAGAACUAUAAGAGAUAAAUAAUCAAUUGUAAAAUAAAAUUUUAAUUGAAGAAAAACGUUAAUAAAGAUUAAAAGAACAAUUAUAAUAAUUAUAAGAUUAAAAUUAAAAUCUAAUGUAAAAGCAUAUCUUAGAUAUUAAUCAAUAUAAUUCUUAAAUUGCAUCAUUAAAAAAAGAAAUAGAAUACAAAGAUAUAUUUAUCACUAAUUAAUAAUAAAAUUAUGUAAAAUAAAUAUUGAUUCAAAAAGUUAAAUAUGAAAAACUACUUGGAAAUUCUAUAACAAUAGAAGUAGAACAAUAAUAAUAACUUACUUAAGAUUUCUUUUCAUAAUAUGAUGAUGAAGUGUAGAUACAAUAUAUAAAUGGUUUAGAAUAAUAAAUAAAAUAGCAAUAAAAUUUAAUCUUAGAAAAAAGUCAAUAAAAUGCUGAUAUUUAAGUUAAAUUUCAUAAACUUCAAUAAAGUUUAUCUUAAUAAAUAGAUCAAAAAGUAAAAGAGACACAGUAUGAAUGUAAAUUGUAGCUAAAUAAAAUCUAAUAAGAAUUUGAAAACUAGAAAGAAAAAAUACAAUCAGAACAUAAUUAUAAAAUCAAUCUUUUAUAAUAGCAAUUAUCAUUUGAAAUUGAUAAAUAUAAAACUGAAUUAAAGGAGUUUAAUUAAAAAAUAGAGAAAUUGGAUAAUUCAAUUUAAGAAAAAGAAUAAAUUAUUAUUUAUUUAUCUGAAUAAUUAUAGUUAAACAAGGAAGAACAAUAUAAAUAAAAAAAAAUAACUGAAUCUAAUUUCAAUAUUCUAUAGAUAACAUAACAGUAAUUAUUAGAGUAGUUAGAAAAAAAUCAUUCUAAAAAAUUAAAUGAUAUCAUAUCCUAAUUAAAUUCAUCAACAAGUUAAGGUGAAUAAUUAAAUUAGUAGUAUUAAUAAUUAUUAAAAAAUAAUUAAGAAUUAAGAACAGAAUCAAAAGAGCAAAAAUAAUCUAUUCAAUAAUAUAAAAUAUAAUGUGAUAAAUUGUAAAAGGAGUUAUAAGUUUAAUGGGAUAUAACAAAAAGUCUAAAUGAUAGAAUAAGGCAAUAAUAAGUUGAAAUAGAAAAUACAAAGUAAACUUAUAAUAUAUUUACAAAAACUACUCAAAUACCAGGCUUAAUGAAUAGUGAAAUUAGACUAACAAAGUUAAGAACUUCUCCUAUGAAUCGUAAAUUGAGAUCCAUUUCAAAUACUAGAAUAUAAUAAUAAUAAAAUUUAUGA